CUUAAUAACAGCGACAUUGCAAGUUUAUUUAUAGUGGGUUUGUUUGGAGCGGUGGAAAAGCCCCCUCUCGUCUGCGCGAAUGCGCGUCUCCGUGUCCCGGGGCGGUCCGCGCGCGCUGCGCUGAUGGGGCGGAGAGUUUGAUGCGGUAUCUGUGUCUCCCUCUUUAGGACCAUGAAACACGAUCCCGUCGCGCCGGUGGUGUGGAUAUAAAACAGUCCCGCGAUCACGGGCCUGAUCCGACCCAAAGACAACAGAUAUGAGAAUAAAACCUGCGUGACCGGAGAGUUUAGCAACCUCAACACGUGCUGCGUUAUUAUCACUGAGAUGAGCUGCAGAUCUCCAGAUGAACAUCCAGAAGAUAAGCUGACAUGCUGAUCCUCCUUCAGUGCACUUUAUUUCCAAAAACGAUGCUAUCCCCCGAGAGGAUAGACAGAUAAUGUCGCCAUCGCUUAUUUCUGUUCAAUGAUAGGCUACUUAGGGGCUUUUGCGCAAUUUGAGAAGACCGCAUGGACACAUCAAGUUUGGAAAGGAUUUAAAUCGAUUGAGUUUUUUGAAGAUUUUAUAUAUAUUGCUUCUUUUCUAUGAAACGAUGAGCUCGAUGUUGUUUGGAGAUGAUUUUUGGGGCUCUGCGCCAUCGGAAGCGGUACCCAGAGCGCUGCGCAACGACCUGGGCUCCAACAUCCACGUCCUCAAGACCCUCAACCUGAGGUUCCGCUGCUUCCUCGCUAAAGUCCACGAGCUGGAGAGACGGAACAAACUUCUGGAGAGUCAGCUGAAGGAAGCCACGAGUCAGAGGUAUCAGAGCUUCUUGGUCCGCGAGGUGGGUGUCCAGACCGACUCCCUGGAAUCCAGACUGCCAGGCACCAUCUGGAGUUACAGGCAUGUUUGGAAACAUGGAGAGCGCGUACGGACCGUGCAGGGUCCCGGGGUCACAUGGACUCACCCAGAUGGAGUUGGGGUCCAGAUUGAUACCAUCACCCCAGAGCUGAGAGCCCUGUAUAAUGUUCUGGCCAAAGUCAAACGGGAGAGAGAGGAGUACAGGAUAAAAUGGGAGGAGGAGGUGAUGAGGAGACAACAGAUGGAGUUAAUGAUACAGACGCUACAGGAGAACGUUCACGAGUCUGAAGCCAUUCAGGAUGAGUUGAACGAGAAGAUAGAAAGAUUGAAAGCUGAGCUGGUGGUCUUCAAGAGUCUCAUGAGUGACCAAAUGUCCGACCUCGACUCUAAGAUUCAGGAGAAAGCCAUGAAGGUGGACAUGGACAUCUGCAGGAGAAUAGACAUCACCGCCAAACUGUGUGACGUAGCUCAGCAGAGAAACUCUGAAGAUAUGUCAAAGAUGUUCAGCAUCAGUCCAUCCAGAUCACCAGCAGACAGAGCGGCUGUAGUGUGUCGAAAAAAGGAAAAGAGAACGGUUUCAGAUGAGGAAACUUCAGACAUGGAUGCAGAUCACAGCACCUCAGAGGAAGACGAGAUGAACAUCACAGAUGAGAUGAAACGCAUGCUGGGCAAGCUACAUUCAGAUAACUCGUGUGUUGUUAGGCGGGAUACUUUCGACAUCGAUGACGACUGUGACAGUUUAACGUGGGAGAAUGAUGAUACACUGUUGCUAUGGGAGGACCUUACAAACUACAAUGUACCCUGUGUGCUUAACAACGGCAACGGUGCUGUGGACUGCAACGGAGACGCCAAUGAUCCUGACCGCAGUCUUGGAAAUCUCAUAGAUGAGACUGAAUCCCUCUUCAAGAACAGAGAGCAAGAAUACCAAGAAACCAUUGGACAGAUUGAGAUGGAGUUGGCCACAGCUAAGAGCGAUAUGAACAGACAUCUGCACGAGUAUAUGGAGAUGUGUAGUAUGAAACGAGGGUUGGAUGUUCAGAUGGAGACGUGCAGGAGAAUGAUCAAGGGUGGCAGAAAUUCUCCUUCCUUCAGCUCAUCGGGCAGCAGUGACUCAGGAAACACUGACGAGAUACAGGACGAGUCAGACAGGGAUGGAGAGACCGAUGGGCCAAUCAGCUGAUACCUGCCCAGCCUGGCCCCGCCCUCUCCUCACAAUCAGCUCUCGGGUCUUCCAGCAUUUAGCCAACGGUGUACAGCGGCACCGGUUCAAGGAAAACUGUGGGACAAGGCCCCUCCCACAAACUAAAAUUCCUGUAGGUGCUUUAUAUCGUCUCGGUGUCAGAGCGAGGCGGAGUUCAUGGGGGUUGUUUUGCGCUUCAGUAUCGAUGCGUUACACAGUACAGUAAAAUACAUCACAGAAUACAUUAGGGUUACCAGAUGACCACGAUAACAAACAUCUAGAGAUAUCACUUUACAACUAUAUCCUAAAUGACGUAUGCUUGUCUGCAAAGCGGCUAACACUGCAUUCAAGCUAUUACCUCUAUGAGUGGAAUACACAAAAUUAUAUUUAAAAAAAUAAAUUUUAUAUAAAUAUCAGUAAAUUCUCAUUCGUUUUAAUAUUUGCCAGCAGUUUUUAUUUUUAAGAUGUUUGUUUUUAGGAACAAAGUACAUUGACGUUUAUUCAUUUAGAAGAUGCAUCAGGGUUCCCACGGGUCUUUGAAAUCCUUGAAAGUUUGUGAAUCUUGUGGAAAAAAUUCGAGGCCCUAGGAGGUUUUUGAAAAUAUACAUACAUAGAUACAGAUCAUUGAAAGUGCUUGAAUCUAUUUUAUGCAAAAAAAUCCAUAUUAUUUCCUGUGUAGUGUAGGAUAAUAUCAUACAAAUUCUAGACUGUUUAAGCACGCGUGCUAAACUGUUCGCUUUAAAUGCUUAUAUCUUCUGUGAAUGUUGAUUCAUACCAAAAUGCUUUGUUGCAUGGUUGUGUUUAACACAUGAAAGCGUCUCGGGUUACGUAUGUAACUGUUGUUCUCUGAGAAGGGAACGAGACGCUGCGUCUCCCUUGCCAUACUUCCUGCGUCCCUGUAACGCCGUCUUUGGCAAUAUUUCAGAUAGCGAUAUACUUUCUGGCUCCCGCGUCACCCUGUCUUUGUCGUUAAGCCUCACUAUUGGUUAAAUUUGAUAUACACAUUAAGACGCACUUACCCCUGGAAGCGUCCCCAAAGUAUCACCACAGUGACGCAGCGCGAGUUCCCUCGAGAGGGAACUGUAACAAUGUAUCUUAAAAGGUAACACAAUGUAACCUUGCUCUUACUUGAAAUGUGUCCCCACAAUUACUCCUUGAAUUUGAGGGUAUUAGACCUGAAAAGUCCUUGAAAGGUCCUUGAAGUUAACUAAGGUGUGGGGACCCUGAUGCAUUUAUGCGAUAUACAAGUCAGGAAGCAUUUAACAUUUUGCCUAAAUUGAUAACUUCUAAUACAAUGAUGCCAAUGUUAUCGGGACAUCUGGUCACCCUAAAUACACAAAAAAUCUGAAAUCUGUAGGCAUUAAAUCUUCAUCAGAAACUGGAAAGCCUUUGGUUUGUUAUGAAAGUGAUACACAAGAUUGAAAGUCUGUGUUCCAGACCAAACCAAACAUGAUUUCACUACUUUAUUUUUUCUGCUUUUUUAUAAAACGUCAAAGGUCAACAGUGUGCCGCAGAACCAUUUUGGCCUUUUAAAACCUCAUUGUAAAAGUAACCCUAAAUCGUGAAUACGGAUGACAUGAUGAUUGAUAAGUUCUAUGCAAUGGGUCGGCCUUAUUCCAGAUCUGAUCCGUGUCAACCUGUUUAUUGUCUUCCUGAGUUGCCUGCACGGGUACUUUCAUCUCUUAUGUAAAAUCUUCCUGUGUUUUAACAUGACGACGAGCCAGUGCUGGCACACAAUGUUUACGCACUAAUCUAUAGACAGAAUCUGUGGAACAGUGGUCCGUCAUUUCGAGCUGCUACCAUCACGACAAAAGCUUUUUCUAAGGUUAUACACAUAUCAAUAUCUCAACUAUUACAGAGCUAUGUGCCUAUAUAUAUAUGUUGCAAGUUGAUUUUGGAUGGCCUUACUACUUUGAAAAUGUAUUUGCCUACUGUUUGCACAUUAUAUUUGAUUGGUUUGGGGAUGUACAGGUAUGACUCUGAACUAUACAGAGGGUUUCUUUGCAGAAGUUUUCAGGUGGAGGUUCUGAUUGUAUAUAAAAUACGGCUGUAGCUGAGUAAAACGUCAUCUGUAUGUGAAUUAUGUCCUGAAUAAUUGUAUAUGGGUGUAAGUUACAGCACCAAAGCAUAGGAUGUUGUUCUGAAACUCAGAUUAUGGCCAGCAGAGGACACUGUUCCUUACAGAUUCACAGUCUGUGUUAUGGGAUGUGGUUUAUGAAGCCAGUCUCUGUAUAUAUGAGUUGUGUUGGUAUGCUCAACCUCUGUGGCCUUUGUGUCUUGCUUGAUGUCUUUUGGGUCUUUACAUUUGCAUUUUUGUUUUUAAUGGUCUUGGGUUACAGAAGAUUUUGGUUAUGCAUACUAAUCAUAUAAUCUGAAAUAUGGGGGAUUUAAUCUGAAAGGGUAGCACACUGUAAAAAUGCAGCUUUUUUGUCAAAUUAACAUAUGUUUUUGUGUUACUUUUACUUAAAAAAUUAAAACGUUAUGUCAAUUUAUUGCAGGUAAAAACUUUUUAAUUUGCAAAACCAGGUUGUUUUAACUUCAUGCUGCAUUUUUUACAUUGCAUGGGAUUUUUUAAAAACUUUAUAGGAAAACUGUGGGCAGGCAGAAAAUAGUUUUUUUAUUUGCUUUAAAAAAUAUAGCUAAUUUAUUUAGCUAAAAGAUUGAUUGUUACUCACAGUGACAAUUUCGUAUAGUCUGUAAAUCUUGUCUGUUUGCUAUUUUGCUGGUGGAUAUGAAAUAAUAGUUGGCGAAUCAGAUUUCAUAAUCUAUCCAGGAUGAGAAAAUCUGGCGUUUGAAUUUUAUAAAAAUGUCUGUUUUUAUAAUGUUCAGGGUAACCAGGUGUCAUGGGUGCAUUCCCCUGGAAAAAUGAAACAUGCACUGAUAGAGUUCAUUAUUUACAAUGUUUAUUUUUAUUGUUUAUA